GACAGCUAUUUGUUUUGAUUUCAUCUUCUUUUGCAACAAUUUAGAGGAGCUUUAUUUUAAAGCUAAUUUCAAAGUAAACAAAAUGAUAGCCACCACAAGUAAUGCUGCUGCAUCUGCUUCAGGAAUACCAGAUAAGGCAUGGCAGCCACACUUUGUAACGCUUGAAACGACCAUGGGCGAAAUUACUGUCGAGCUUUAUUGGAAACAUGCGCCCAACACUUGUCGGAAUUUCGCAGAGCUAUCGCGCCGUGGUUACUAUAACAACGUGGUUUUCCAUCGGAUCAUUCGCGACUUCAUGAUUCAAGGUGGAGACCCAACCGGUACAGGUCGUGGCGGUACUUCAAUUUAUGGCAGUGAAUUCCCCGACGAAAUUCACCCAGAUCUCAAACAUACCGGCGCAGGCAUUUUAUCAAUGGCUAACUCUGGUCCAGACACCAAUGGUUCACAAUUCUUCAUAACACUAGCACCCACACAGUGGUUGGACGGAAAACAUACGAUUUUUGGACGGGUUUAUUCGGGAAUGCAGGUGGUGAAGCGCAUUGGCCUGGCUGAGACAGAUAAAAAUGAUAGACCUGUAGAUAGCGUGCGCAUAGUAAAAGCAAAAGUAGAAAAGUACUGAGUGUCCAUGCAACAUCCUUUAUUCUAGGCGUAAAACAAUAAUUAUAAUAAAUAGCAAAAUUAUUUUGCUUGAUUUUAAUACUA